CCCGCAGAGCCUCUUUAACGCAUCCAGUGCAAAUGACAAACCAGAGGCGCUCCACGGACCAGCAUGUCAAAUAAUAACAAUAACCAUGGGCUUUAGCGGCGGCAACUUAUCGCAAACUCCCAUCCUAGGACACUAAGGGGGCACGGCAGGGGCCUUUUGGGGGUCGGUGCGCGGACGCCUCCACAGUCGGACCGGACCCUCCGAAUGGACGUCGAUGGACUGGAAUGAAAGCUCCACUUCCAUUGGACUCAAGGAAGGAGGGAAAGAAAUCUCUGCAUGUUUAAGUUUUCUUCUCCAACCGGAGGGGCAUCGGUGCGUGCGUGUUGGAUGUGUGUGCGCGUGUGGAAGUGUGUGUUGGGUGCGUGUGUGUGCGCGCCCGCCGGAGCAGCAGCAGCAGCAGCAGGAGCAUCAACGGCGGCGGAGGAGGAGGUGGUGGUGUCCACGGGAAGGGAAGUUUAGCGCCGUGAUUUUUCUUUGCCUCUAUUCCGUUGUGUUUAGUUUCAUGUCACACCAGGGGACAGGCGGAUUAAGGUUUCCCUGAUGAAAAUUAAUCAUCUGUGGAGAGGCUCUGUGAUCGUGACUAUGAUGAUGAUGUCGAGUAAGAGCGUGGAGUGGCUGCAGGAGGAGCUGGAGACCGGGGCCACCUCUCUGCUGCUGCUGGACUGCAGACCCCAUGAGCUGUACGAGUCCUCGCACAUAGAGUCGGCCAUCAACCUGGCCAUCCCGGGCCUCAUGCUCCGGAGGCUGAAGAAGGGCAACCUGCCGAUCCGCUCCAUCAUCCCCAACAAUGAGGAUAAGGAGAAAUUUGUGAAGCGGUGCAAGACGGACGUGGUGGUCCUGUACGACGAGGCCACUUCGGAGAGGCAGGAGUCCGGGUUGGGGAGCUCUGUCCUGGGGCUGCUCCUACAGAAACUGCGGGAUGACGGGUGCAAAGCUUUCUACCUGGAGGGGGGCUUCAACAAGUUCCAGUCGGAGUACCCCGAGCACUGCGAGACCAAUUUGGACUGUUCCUGUCCAAGCAGCUCUCCGCCAGCCUCUGUCCUCGGUCUGGGAGGACUACGCAUCAGCUCAGACUGUUCAGACGGUGAAUCUGACCGCGAGCCAGGCAGCGCCACGGAGUCAGAGGGCAGCCCGCUCCCUAACAACCAACCAGCAUUUCCCGUCCAGAUCCUGCCGUACCUUUACCUGGGCUGUGCCAAAGACUCCACCAACCUGGAUGUGCUCAGCAAAUACAAUAUCAAGUACAUCCUCAACGUGACGCCCAACCUGCCCAACAUGUUUGAACACGAAGGGGACUUCAAGUACAAACAGAUCCCCAUCUCCGAUCACUGGAGCCAAAACCUCUCUCAGUUUUUCCCUGAGGCCAUUUCAUUCAUUGAUGAGGCUCGCUCUAAAAAGUGUGGCAUCCUGGUCCACUGCCUGGCCGGGAUCAGCCGCUCCGUAACCGUCACCGUGGCCUACCUGAUGCAGAAGCUCAAUCUGUCACUCAACGAUGCCUACGACUUUGUCAAACGAAAAAAGUCAAACAUUUCCCCAAACUUCAACUUCAUGGGCCAGCUCCUGGACUUUGAGAGGACGCUGGGCCUCAACAGUCCCUGUGACAACCACACGUCAUCCCCGACACAUGACCAGCUCUUCUUCACCACCCCGACCAAUCAUAACGUGUUUCAGCUGGACACGUUGGAGUCCACAUGAAAAUUAAGGGGGGACCAUCCCAUCUGGGGUCAAGGUGGUGUUGUUACCACGGUAACAAAUGGCUGCACUGGAAGGAAGCAGCCAGUUUUAAUGAAUGUUUUAGCCUCCUGAGGCUCGUUGUCUGAGAGCCUGGCCACAGAACAGCAUUGAGGAGAGAGGGAGGUCUCAGAUGCCAAGUGAAAGGGGAAGGGGAGUUUGUUUUUUUUUUUUAAACCCAGAGGGGAACUGACGGGUGAGGUCACAAUGGUGGUCCAUCAGAGUUGACUGAUUUUGUGAAAGAGCCCUAAUCAACUUGUCUUGUAAUGAAGACCAGAGGGAAUUCAACUGACUAAGAAACUGAGGGCAGCAAGACAGACAGCUUUAUACAAAGAUAGGAACACAGAAAAUCUACUACAGUGCUUGAUUUAUGAGAUGACAACAUCCUCUGUCUUUCUGUCUCGGCUCUUGAGCUGAGCUGACUGGUGCCAAGUGGAGAAUCGGGGAUUUACUCAUAGAAAGUGUCACUCUACUGAAUGUAGAGUUUUUAAAAACCAAGGAAUUAACACACACACACACCUAAACAAAGUAUGUAUGUUUGUACUGUAUGUACUGUAUGUAUGUUAACGUACAUAGCAGAAAAUGUAUGGGCAGUCCUUAACAAAUUCAGUAUGUCUAUAUGCAUUUUUGUAUAUUUUUGUGUACAUUUACGCACAAAUCUAUACCUUAUAUAAAUAUAUACACAUAGACAUCUUAUCUUUGUCCAAAAACAAAGUAAUCCAAUCCAGUAAUGGUUUAAGAUUGUACAACUAAAGAAGGGGAAUGGGUGUGGUGACACCAACAAAGAAGAACGUUGUUGUGAUAUUUCUAGUCGUCUUUUUUUUUUUCCCGCUUUUGUUUCGUUUUUGUUUCUCUCGUUUUAGGUUUGUAAUGACCUAAUGCAGUUUGCACAGUGGUGUAGCCAUUGACUUCUUGGCACUUGAAGCUAGUGCUGGAAGCAGGCAGAUAAAGAGACAUUCAGAGGAGAGGAGUGGAGAGGAGAGGCCAGUCCCAGGCUGCGACGAGUCCGAACAGCUGCACAGAGCGGUGGGGAGAGAGCAGGAACUGGGCCCUGGGCAGAGGACCAGGGUUAGACACGGGUUAUGGAGAGGACAGACAGACAGACAGACAGAAUGUAGGCCUAGAGGAUGGGGUUGUAGCUGGGUGAGUGUGAAGAUACUACAGCAGACUUGACAUUUUGCCAACUGUUUGCAAAAGUUCACUUCCCAGUUCCUACUUCCUUCCCCAUGUGACUGUUGCCUAACAAGAUGUUCCACUUUAAACCACCAGCUCUUUGGAUUAUGUUGUCAUUUUGUUUUUCUAAACUGUCUUAGUUCUUUCAUCCCAGCAAUAUCUUACACAAUAGUAUCUCACUGUCUCUAACAACUACCACCGGACUUUACAGUUUGGUCUUCGUAUUAGGAAAAUUAAGGCAGUGUUAACAUCUCUUAGCAACUCUUUAAGGUAGCUUAGCAACACUGAGGAAAGCACUGAAACACUAGUAUUACCAAAACUGCAAGAGGAAGUUUUUUUCUUUGUUGUCUAUGUUAGGUUAUUUUCCACGGUAAAAUGAUUGUAGACAGAGAGGAAAAUCAAAAGUAUGGGGCUAAGCCUGCCCCUGGUUUGGGUGUCAAAGUGAUGAUAUUGUUGUAACCUGGGACUGGCCUCAGCUACAGACUGCACUUAACUACUUCAAUAGCUUAAUUGGAUGAAACAGAAGCUAAGUGUUUCUGCAAAGGGAGCCCCCAUUUUGUCAAAGAAACUUUUGUCUGAGUUGAUUCACCCUCAAGCCUUGGGUAUAUUAUAUGAAAGAUAUAUUAAACACAAACACAUGAUAUAAAUAGAUAUAUAUAAAUAUAUAUAUUAUAGAGCUAAUAGUAAACAGAUCUAUAUUAUUUUGUAUACCUGAGCAUGCUGUGGUACUGUAUGCUCUCUAACAGUAGAUGUAACCAUGGGUUGAAUUUUGCUUUACUGAGUGGGAUGAUGUUUGAUGAGGACUGUUUUUUUUAAUUGCUGUCGCCGCUGAACACAGCGGUGCACAGCAUGUGGCCAAGGAGUUUCUAAGACCCUGUCCGCAUCAGAAGCACUUUGAAAACGUGUGAAAAAUGUAGAAAAAUAAUGCAACAACAGCUGCGACUCCAAAAAGACGUGUAAGUUGUAGUAGUUGUCGUAGUGUCUUUUCUAAUGUUUUCUAAUGUUCUUAUAGGUGGAAUAACAAUCCAGCAUUGGCAGCACUUAAGUCUGUAGGUCGACAAGACACAAUGUUUAUAGCGAAUUCGAGGAAUCGUCUUCAAAGCAGUGAUAUGGACGGGGUCAAAACAGAAACAAAGACCUGGGUUUCUGAGGGAAAGCAGUUGAAUCUGAGCAGGGUUGGUUAUAGCUGGCCUUAUAUAAUCUUUCUAACUUGUUUCUAAUGCUGACUGUUCAAUACUCUUUGUAACUCACUUCAGAAAAAUGUGUUUAAAAAAGAGAAAUGUUUGUUAUCUGUUAUUUGAAUCAGAACACGGCGAUAACAGACAGCGAGCUGUCUUCUGCCGUAACGGGUCACACGAGGUCCUCUUUGUUACUCUGCAAUAUAUCAAAACAUUUUUGCAGUAUUUUGUAGAUCCAAAAUUUUUAAAUUCUUCUUCUUCUUUUGUACUAUACUGUAUCUAUUCUCUAUAAUUAUACAAGAUCCAGCUCGAUAUGGCUUGUGGACUGAAGUAACAUUUCACCUGGGGUGUCCAAAAUGUAGGGCCGUCGUGCCCCGUACCAACGCAAAAGAGGCCCUCAAUGACACAUAUAUGCACACGCACAUACAUACACACAAACAUGCACACGGAUACACACACACACACACACACACACACACACACACACACACACACACACACUGCUUCACACAGCCAGAGCUGUGUUUCAGCAUGCCAGUUAUGUUUCACAAUAGAUGAAUACACCACCCAGCUUAUACGAUUACAAGGUGUUUUUCCGUCUUGUUUUGAUAAUGUGCUCUAUGCUAUUCCUGUGGCCUUUCAAUAUGAAUAUAUAUCUACGUAUAUAUAUGUUAUGAAUUUAUAUGCAAAAGUUCCUCUCCUAUUAUAGCAUCAGAGAUGAAAAUGAUACCAUGCUUGAAUGGACUUCCCUCGUCUGGAGUCAUAUCCCACCUACAAUAACGAAAUGUUGAGAACUUGAUCACUCACACCCUAGGAUUGAAAUAUAUUUCAGUACGGAGCUUUUCUAUUUAAAAGAAAAAGGUUUGUUUCAAGCUGCUUUCUUGUGUUUUUGUGUCUUUGUAAUAAUGAAAGAGAAAUCAAGUCUUUUUCUCUGUUUGUAAAUUUGCCAGAUCAUGGGAACGGCAGUUUCUGUGUCCUUAAACUUGUAGCUACACUUUGGUAAGAAUGUGCUUGGGAGGGAAAACCAUGAAUGAGGGAAUAGGGAGAACGGAGGAGGAGGAGGAGGAGGAGGAGGAGGAGGAGGCGCUAAAACAAAGUGAAAGAAGAAGUGAAUGAUUUAAAAAUGUUACCUCAGUGAGGAAUUUUUCAGGGAUUUUUUUGACAAUGCAUCUUGCAUCAUGUUACAGCUUCAAACACAUGUUGAAUAGCUGUUUUGUAUUGUGCUGUAAACAGUUUUUAAAAAAGAUGCAAUCUGUCUGUGUAUAAAAACGAGGCAUGUUAACCAGGGCAGUUCACUUUUCUGUCUACUGAAGGAAAUACGAUUGACCCUAUGUAUUGUACAGUAUAUGGAAACAACACAAGACAUGUUUAUACUGCAAAUAAAUAUUGAAUAUUUUUUUCUUUAA